AUGAAUAUAGACAAAUUUACUACCCACGCCAAAUCUGUAAUUUCUAACGCUCAAAAUCUAGCGGCAAAAAACGAUCAUCAACAAAUAUUACCUCUACAUAUAUUGGCUGCUUUAUUAAAAGAUGAAAGCGGGGUCGUUAUUAAUCUUAUUAACACUUUAGGAGCUAAUUUAGAUAAUCUAAAUAACUUGCUGACAAUUGAACUUGCUAAAAUCCCAAAAGUACAAGUACAAGGAGGUAGUCAGUUAUAUCUAUCUUCAGAAACAAUAAAAUUGUUAGAUAAGGCUGCUGAACUUGCUAAAAAACAUAGUGAUAAAUUUAUAACUGUGGAACGAAUUUUUGAAUCUUUAUCAUAUGACAAAACGGCAGCUGGGACAAUUCUAUCAGAUAAUGCAAUUACUGAUAAACAAAUCAGUGCCGCUAUUCUCUCUCUGAGAAAGGGUAAAAAGGCAGAUAGUGAAUCGUCAGAAGGAAGUUAUGAUGCUUUAAAGAAAUAUGGAAGAGAUGUAACAGAACUAGCAGAACUAGGGAAAUUAGACCCAAUAAUUGGUAGAGAUGAAGAAAUUAGAAGGACUAUCCAGGUUUUGUCAAGAAGAAUGAAAAAUAAUCCCGUGUUAAUAGGAGAGCCAGGGGUUGGGAAAACUGCCAUAAUCGAAGGGCUAGCUCAAAGAAUGUUUGCCCAUGAUAUUCCAGAAACGCUAGCGAAUUGUCGCAUUAUAGAACUUGAUAUGGGCGCUUUAAUUGCAGGAGCUAAAUACCGAGGAGAGUUUGAAGAACGUCUUAAAGCAGUAUUAGGGGAAAUUAAAAACUCAAUCGGAGAAAUUAUUUUAUUUAUAGAUGAGUUACAUCUUUUAGUAGGUACUGGUAAAACAGAAGGAGCAAUGUAUGCCUCAAAUUUACUUAAACCAAUGCUUGCAAGAGGAGAAUUGCAUUGUAUUGGCGCUACCACUUUAGAUGAAUAUCGUAAGUAUAUUGAAAAAGAUGCAGCCCUGGCAAGACGGUUUCAAGCAGUGUAUGUUAGUGAACCAACUGUAGUAGAUACGAUUUCUAUCUUAAGGGGUAUUAAAGAUAAAUACGAAUUACAUCAUGGGGUAAGGAUUUCGGAUAGUGCGAUUGUCGCUGCUAGUACUUUAUCUAAUAGAUAUAUUACUGAUCGUUAUUUACCAGAUAAAGCAAUUGACUUAAUUGAUGAAGCCUGUAGUAGGCUAAAAAUAGAAUUAUCUAGUAAACCAGAAGAAUUAGACGAACUUGAUCGCCGGAUAAUUCAAAUAAAAAUAGAAUUAGCUGCUCUUCAAAAAGAAAAUGAUGACAUUUCCCAAAAGAAAAUUAUCACUUUAACCGAGGAAUUACAACAACUUGAAACUCUUUCUUAUGACUUAACUGCUAAUUGGCAAGCAGAGAAAGACAAAAUUCAAAUUGAACAAAAAUUAAAAGAAGAGUUAGAAAAAGCUAGAUUAGAAUUAGACAGAGCAGAAAGGUCUAGUGAUCUUGCACGGGCUAGUGAGUUGAAAUAUGGAGUUAUUCCUGAUUUAACUAACAAGCUACAACAAGCAAUGUCUAUUGAGCACAAUACUACCUUUCAGGAAGUGGUAUCCGAAAAUGAUAUAGCAAUAAUUAUUUCUAAAAUUACGGGCAUACCAAUUGAAGCAAUGUUAUCCAGUGAACGUGAAAAACUUCUUAACAUGGAGGCAAAAAUUCGUGAAGCGGUAAUAGGACAAGAUGAAGCUAUUAAAAGCAUAAGUGAUGCGGUACGUCGUGCUCGAGCUGGUUUGCAAGAUGUGAAUAAGCCUUUAGGUUCCUUUUUAUUCCUAGGACCCACCGGGGUUGGUAAAACUGAACUUACUAAAGCACUAGCUCAUUUUUUAUUUGAUGAUCGUAAUGCUUUACUUCGGAUUGACAUGUCUGAAUAUAUGGAGAAACAUUCUAUCUCCCGUUUGAUUGGGGCUCCUCCAGGGUAUGUAGGCUACGAACAAGGAGGAGUAUUAACCGAGUCAGUACGUAGAAGACCUUAUCAAGUUAUUUUAUUUGAUGAGGUAGAAAAAGCUCAUUCUGAUAUUUUUAAUAUAAUGCUACAAAUCCUCGAUGAAGGGCAUUUAACUGAUAGCCAAGGUGUUACUGUCGAUUUUAAGAACACCAUUAUUAUUCUGACUUCUAAUAUUGGCGCCGAAAUACUUAUUAAUCAAAAAGUAGAAGAUGAAGACAGUAAAAUUAAAGAACAAAUAAUGGAAUAUGUGCGAGCAAUAUUUAAACCAGAAUUUUUAAAUAGGCUUGAUGAGAUUAUUAUGUUUCACAAAUUAAGCCGAGAUAACAUCCAGGAUAUAGUUAAAAUUCAGCUCAAUACUUUACAAAAGAUUCUAUCUUUACAAAAUAUUACCUUGCAAUUUGAGGAAUCUGCAAUAAAUUAUUUGGCUGAUAAAGGAUACGACCCUAUGUUUGGUGCUAGACCUUUAAAAAGAGUUAUCCAGCGAGAACUACAAAAUAAUUUCGCUAAGCUGAUUCUUGGUGGUAAUAUUCAAAGCGGUGAUACGGUUAAUAUAGCAAAGGCAACUGAAGGAUUAACAAUUCAAAAAGCUUAA